AUGGAUAUCCAGGCGACAAAGACGAAACGGAAGAGAGCCUCCAGGGCGUGUAACCUCUGUCGGAUGCGAAAGGUGCGCUGCAUCAUUGAAAACCCGUCGGAUCCUUGUGUCAAUUGCAGACACAACGACAAGGUUUGCACGUUUAAGCGACGACAUGGCAUAGUAUCAACAACACCUCGUAUACUACCCAAUAGCCCUCUGACGCCUCCCUCAAUUGAAGGUUCUGUCAUCGAACGUCACACAGAGCAACCUAAUCAGAGGCUAUCACCAACAAGUCCAGCAUACAUACAAAGCGCAGCCUCAAUCUCAUCCUCAGCAUCACUACCUGAGCCUCCCAACAGCUCUCCACCUCAAAUCACUCAAUUGCCCAGGCCAUCAUGUCACCCUGAUUAUGCCUUCCUCCAAGUCCCCGACACCAAAGACCUUCUACCUCAAGAUGCCGCUUUUCUAGUCAGCCAAGGAUGUUUUAUCGUCCCCCAACGAGCAGCGCUGGAUGAUUUCUUGCGACAGUAUUUUCUCCAUGUGCAUCCGAUGCUUCCAAUACUGAACGAAAAGGACUUCUGGCUUUCAUACAACUCUGUGGACUCUGAUGUUGAGUACCAAAUGCCCAUGCUAGUGCUACAGGGCCUAUUGUUCAUUUCAUCCGGGUUUGUGUCGUCAGAGACAAUCAAAAUGCUCGGCUUUGAAGACGUCCACCAAGCCAAACUAGCAUUCUACAGACGAUCAAAGCUCCUCUACGACUUCAGCUGCGAAAAGUCCUGCAUCGCCAUCGCCCAAGCCUCACUCCUUCUCGCACACACCCACCUAAUCCCACGCUGCAUCGCUGGCAACAAGCCCCUCGGCUCAAUCUGGCUCGGUAUCGCCAUAUCCUACGCGCGCGUCGCCAAAGCACAUUGCUACUCAUCUCUCCGCCCAAGCAACGAUCUCGAAGUAGCAAAGGUGCAGAAACUUCGAAAUACACUCAAGCGUCUGUGGUGGUGCUGCAUUAUCUGCGAUAGAUUGCUCCCGCUCACGUCACGACAGAGCAUCAAGAUUACGCCUGCGAACUUUAGUUUCUCUGGGUGUUCUGUUCUUGGAAGUGCGGACUUAUGCGAUGAGCUGUAUAAUUCUGAUGUUUACGACUCGACGACAAAAACCCUUCAUUCUGAGCUCUUGUCAAAACUAGUCGAUCUUUGUGUGGUGCUUACAGAUGUAUUGACCGUGACUUCUGUUCUCUACAACAAUCCAUCUUGGAUGCUAUCCGGCAGGAUGGAAGUUGCUAAGGAUGCUGGCCUCUGUCAAAUUGAGCUUCGGAGAUGGUAUAAUGCGUGGAAUGAAACCAAGGCUACUUUGGAUGAGAGGAUGGCCGAUGAGGGAUCUUCGGCAGAGUCUAUUAUUCUGUUCAAGAAUCUCAUCGAGAUGUACUAUCACUCUGCGCGUCUGUCGGUUUGCCAUUAUAACAUCCUCCGAUCCAGUCUACUACCACCAUCGGAAUCGGAUGUUCAGCUCCGUCGGCAAAGUGAAGACCUUCAAGGCUCUGCUUCGCGCGUGACUGAGUGUCUUCUUGAGUUUGAUCGUCGAGGUCUUUCACGCUGGUUACCAAUGACUGCUAUUGGAUGUACCGCAUUUCCACUGGCUCUCCAGAUGAUCGACGUCGAGCUUCUUAGACCCAAACAACAAACCACAGCACCUCAAGGUGUCGCACUAACAGAGAAACAGCGACAUGUGGACAACAUAUUGAAACAGAUGAAGAGCUACAAGAACAAGUACUACAUAACCGAUUGGGUUAUGCGCGCCAUAUGCCACGUCGUCGAGCUCGCCAGACAAAGAUCCCCAACGCCGUUCAACACCGAAGAGGACUCCCCUACACCUAGCAGUUAUCUCGACAUGCUGAAGAACCGACCCAGCUACUAUCUACGUCUGGUUAUGACUUUGGACAUGAGCAUCAGCAACGGCCGGCUGCCUGAUGAAUGCGAUUUCCCACCAUCGUUGAGAAAAGCCGGUCGAGGCUUAAACUCACGAUCUCAAGUUGGCUCUAUAUCGAACGUUGAUGAACAAUCAAGGAAGCGCUUUUCGGCACUGAACAAAGAUCUCAUACCCAGUAACUUGAUGGAUCUCGUCAACCAAAGCAGCAGCGUCUCAGCUGAGAUACAGCAAAUACCGAUGCAAGACGUGGACCAAGAGUCUUUUUUCAACAACAAACAGGCUUUCCCUGCAGACUUGACAGCAGCUCUUUGCGAAAUCACCAAUAUUCCGCCAUUGGACUUUAGUGACAUGCCGUUGCUGGAUUCAACGCACUUCAACGACUUCGGUGGUGUGCCUUUCUGGCCUUAUGAGCUACUCGGUUCACCGCCUGAUACUAUUGGGCAGGUAGAGGAGCUUGGCAUGAAUGAUGUUUUGUUUACGGGCGUUAUGGAUGAUAUGAGUGGCAAGACUGGUUAUGAUGGGCGGUCGAAAGAGGGUGACAUCGGCGUCAAUAUGGACUCUUUCUGA